GGCUUGGUACAUAACCACAACUCCUUCUCGUCGAAUACAUACCGCAUACAUUUACUUAUACCGCCUACGCCAUGGUCGCAGUCAAACGCAAAGUUCUCGAUGUCAUAGCCGACCCAGCUCCUGCCUCUUCAUCCAACUCGCUGCACUCUAACUCACUCGAUCGACGGACAAAAGCGAUCCGAAGUUGCAGUAACUGGAAUAGUGCUUUGCUCCACGGUAGACGGACUAGGGGACCUCAAUGGGAUUAUGCAACGGCUUCCUAUCAUGUCUCAAAAGGAUCUACGGAAUACUACAAAGGUGUCACUCGGAUUGAGUCGGGUGAAUCGAACCCAACUGCCACCUCGAAUCCUUCCUCGGCCCCGAAUCACUACGCUCUCAAUCCAUCCUCUCAAUUCCCGCCCGGCUUCCAAUCUCGAGCCACCUUGAACAUCCAAGUCUCUGGGCAUCCCCAUCAGCACCCCCAUACGUUCCAACAGGAUCCAGAACAAUUCCAAAAUCGACUCAUCAGACAUUCCUCCCAACACUCUCAAGGCUCAAGUCAUGGCCGUCCCAUGGGAAAUCCAGCCCAACCCACCCCCUACUCCAUCCACCCUGCUCACCUUCAACUGGCCGGAAUGCCCCAACAAGCUUUUAAUAACCUUCCCAACCCAUCCGAUCCGAAAUCAGCCAUGUUCACCACCCCAGGGGCUAAUUACAAAGGCCACCCUAUCCCACAAAAUACUGGAAAAUACGAAAGAGGACCCGGUUGACCUUGAGCAUAAGAGCAAUAUUCCAAAAACAGCAGAUCUGAGAAUUGGACUACAGGUUCUCUCCCAAGCUCCUUACAUCAUACCUUCCAGCUCUGCACUAGCGCUAUCGAUCGUUCGACCUACACAUGCGCCCCACUUUUCUCAGACAUGUACAAUUAUACUUGAUCCAACACAUCCAACACUUCUUGCAUUCAUCCGCACCAAGUCAUGAGUGCCCUCACAGUCAUCAUACUUCCACCCGAAAUAUCAAGCCAUAAUCAAUGUGCUCAGGCUGGCUUCAUUCCCCCCCCCCCUGGUUGCCUCAAAGUAGCGGUUGUAUGUACUCCUGGUUUGCAAGCUUGGUGGGCAUUUCCCAGAAGGACAAAAUCGAAAUAUAUGUACUUGUGAAACUGUUUGGAAAUAUUACCUGAAAUGUCGCCACCCAUUGAAAUAAU